UGAGCGCUGUCUCGAAUACAAAAGGACACCUUCACAGGUUCAACACAGGAAAAGAUUCUCAUUUCUCUUGCAACUGCCAGCCUCAGGUAUGAGGGCCUGCUUAGUAUUCCUUUGCUUACUGGCAGCAACAUUCGCCCUGUCUGUAAAAAGUAAACCUCAUGGAAAACAUCAUGGAUUGCAUAAGGCUUCACAUACAGCCAAAGAAAAGGACACUAUCACAGAGGAAGCCAACAAGCCACGGGUCGUCCCCACCUUAGUCACAUUUGAGGCCAGCAGCCAGGAGCAGGAAGAUGAAGACGUGAGCUCCCAAGACAACGCCAAUGCUAACAAGGAGGAGGGAGGGUUUGAGGUGUCUGACAGGAACGACAAAACAACUGCAGUCUUGCUGAGCGAGGAGGAGUUGGUGGACCUCCUGAAGAAAGAGGCAGAAGAAGAGCAGGAAGCAGAAGAGAGAGCCUUAGAGGAAGAAGUGGAGAAGGACAAAGGCAAGGCAGAGUCUGGUGAGGCUGUGGAGACCAGUGAGGAUGAGGAGGAGAUAAAGUUGGAUGACAAACUAGAAAUAGAGGAAAAUGCUAAAGAUGUGACAAAUGAGGAGGGUGAAGAAAUAAAGAGUGUAGGAGAUGCUGAAAUGCCAGAGAAAGAAGAGGAAGAAGAAGUGGAGGAGGAAAAGUCUGUUAAAAAAAUAGCAAGCAGAGAGGAACAAGGGGCAUUUCUGGAGGACACGGAUGGAAGCACAGAGUCAGAGAUCCCCGCUGAUCUCGACUACGCUGCAGAUAGCGGCAUUUUACAGCCUCUCCAGAUUGUAUCGGCUAAAAUGAAACCCAGCGCUGAUGACACUCAGCCUCCUUCAAAACCAGAUGCUAAAGAGAAGGAAGCUGGUGAGAAAGGCCUGCCCACCAUCACAGAUGAUUAUGAGCAAGACGUACAAAACACAGAAGCAGUGGACAGUGAGGAGGAGUCUGAUCAGGACAAAGAUUCAGAGGUCAAGUCUAAAGACGUUGAUAAGAAAGAACCAGAAGCAAACGUGGACCCUCAAGAACCGAAGAGCAGCACAGAGCUUGAAUCAGAGUCCCGGCCAGCUGGAAAAGAGGAAGAGAGAAGUAAGAAUGACAGUGGAAGUCACACCAAGGGAAAGACAAGGAAGCAGAAGAAGAACAAGAGGGCGAGGAAGCACUCUCCACAGAGUGAGGAAGCACAGUCUGGACAGGAACAGAGCCAGCAGGAUCCUCAGGCGUCUGAGGGCAGCAGCAUUGACAACACAGUGCAAAAGGCAAAGAGAAGAAGGGCCGGAAAAUGGGGUCCUUUAGUAGGAAUGAAUCCAGUGCAGAUAAGAGCCACAGUGGAUCUCUACCCCAGUUCCAGGCCCCCUCUUGGUGGAGGUGUCCAUCACCCAGAAGCCCCUGCUGAUCCAUGUGACAACUUUCCCUGCAAGCGUGGAAAGACGUGUAAACUUGAUGCGGACAAUAAGCCAAGCUGCGUGUGUCAAGAGCCAUCGGAGUGUCCUCCCAGUGUGAAUGAGUUUGAUCAUGUUUGUGGGACAAAUAACAAAACAUACGAUACAUCAUGUGAGCUCUUUGCAACGAAAUGCAAGCUGGAAGGCACAAAGAGAGGACACAGACUUCAUCUGGACUACACCGGGCCAUGCAAAGUGAUACCUCCUUGUGUGGACACUGAGCUUGUCCAGUUCCCACUACGAAUGAGAGAUUGGCUGAAAAAUGUGCUGCUGCAGCUCUACGAACAUGACUCCAUGUCUCCUGGCUUCCUCACACCUAAACAACGCUUUAGAGUGAAGAAAAUCUUUGAGAGUGAGAGGCGUCUUCAUGCUGGCGAUCACUCCGUUGAGCUGCUCGCGCAGGACUUUGAGAAGAACUACAACAUGUACAUCUACCCAGUGCACUGGCAGUUUGCACAACUGGACCAACACCCCUCUGAUAGAGUCUUGUCCCACUCAGAGCUGGCUCCACUCCGAGUCCCACUGGUGCCGAUGGAGCACUGCACCUCCCGCUUCUUCCAGGAGUGUGACGCUGACAAGGACAAGCAGGUGUCCUUUAAAGAGUGGACUUCCUGUUUUGGUAUCAAGAAUGAUGAUAUGGAUGUCAACCUGCUAUUCUGA